UGUUCUCGCUCGCAAUUGGAUCUCAGGAACCUUGAGUACGUUGCGCUCAGCUAUUGCUGGGGCGAGGGUACAACUCAGCUGGUUACCAAUCAGCACACCAUCAGAAAACAUCUAUUAGACAUCGAUAUCCAAACUCUUCCAAAAACAAUUCAAGAAGCCCUGUCGGUGGUGUUCCGGCUAGGAAUUUUCUACAUUUGGAUUGAUGCGUUGUGUAUUAUUAUUCAACCAUCCGAGAUUGACUCAUCCAAUUGGGAAAGGGAACAUCAAGCAUGAUGGGGCAAAUUUACUCAAACUCGUUGUUUACGCUCAUAGCUGAAGAUGCGUCCGAUGUUCAUGGCGGUCUACUACGACGUCGGCCUGCAUUCGAGUAUCCUUUGCGCCCACUGUCCUUUGAUUUUACACCGCGUUCCUGCGACUUUGACAAGGAACCUCGUUUUCACAAUGCGGUGAGCAGGUCUCCACUCCGCCAGCGGGGUUGGACAUUGCAAGAGCGCAUCAUGUCAACGCGAACGCUUCAUAUCAGCGCCAUAGGGAUGUUUUGGAACUGUGUAGAGUUAGCUGCGUCUGAACACCAUCCCACCCGCACAUCAGCUGAGGAUAUAGCUGAUUUAGGUCAGUAUAUCUUUUAUCCACGGAUGCGUUGCCGUUGGAAUAGGUCUCAAAAUCGAGAUGAACUUAUAAGAAUGUGGAUGGACAUCGUAAGAGAGUUGAAUACACGUCGCUUCACAGUCGCCACAGACAAGCUGCCAGCGCUUUCGGGAGUAGCAAGGGCAUUCUACAAUGAUUACAGCAGCGACGACCAAUAUCUUGGUGGUAUGUGGGAAAGCAUGCUGCCCAACACACUUCUGUGGAGUACGAGGCCAAGCCCGACUACUAGUGUUCCUUCGCAACGCUGGCGCGAGCGAAUUCCUGGAAUUCCGACUUGGUCCUGUCUCUCCAUUACCUCUCCCUUUCUCUUUGAA